ACGUGGAGAGGCAGUAUUUCACAGAGCUGUAGAGGAGAGAGGGGGGAGAGCAGAAGGUGGAGGGAAGCAGACAAGGGCUGCUUCUUCUUAGUUCUCCGAGGGAGCCGUGUGCCUGGAUCGCUGCGAAACCCACGCGGCCCUCGACUGACACGUGGUGCUGCACGCACACCCUCACGUUGUGCGGAGUGAGUUUGGGGAAGGCUGGGACUGUCAGGCAGACAGCCAGGGGUUGAGUCACAGCUCUGCGCGUUCUUGAGACCAGCUGCACCCUGAAAGCCACGCGCCGAAGGCUUCGUUAGCAGGCACGCCACGGGAGCUACACGUGCACGCCCGCCUGCCUGCGCCACCUUUGAGGAUUUAUGAGCUGAGCCCUGCCACCAUGCCUCGGUGACUGCACGCCUGUUGGAUCAGAGUCUGCUGUCUCCCAGCUGGACGAUGGAGGCUCCAGGGUGGUAGAGAGGGAGUGUGAAAGGCGCUGGAGGGGCAGUGAGGGCGAGGAUGGCGCUGUGUGCGUGGACCCUCACCCUCGCACUUUACAUGGCACUGGGGAGCAACUUGGCAGUGCAAGGGGCGAGAAGCAACUAUCCACGACUGCGUCUGUCCCACAAGGAACUGUGGGAGCUGAACAGGACAUGGGUGUUCCAGGUUCCAGAGGGCACUUUGCAGCACUAUACUAUGCUGUUGGAUGAGUCUCAAGAAAGGCUGUUUAUUGGAGGGAAAGACACACUCUACUCACUUAACCUGGACAGAAUCAGUGCAUCUCACAGAGAGAUUUCCUGGGCCAGCUCAGAUGAACAAGUGGAGGACUGCCUCAUGCAGGGCAGAGAGAAGCCGGAGUGUGCAAACUACAUUAGGUUGAUACAACCGUACAACAGCACUCACCUCCUGGUGUGCGGCACCGGAGCUUUCAGCCCAGUUUGUGCUUACAUCCGAGUUGGCCAAGGAAAAGAGGAUCGAGUAUUUCAGUUAGAGUCUGAGCAUAUAGAAGGUGGCCGAGGGAGAUCUCCUUUCCAUCCCAACAGCCCUACAUCAUCCAUUGUGUUCAGAGGUCAGCUGUUUGUAGGACUUUACACUGACUACUGGGAGAAUGACGCAGCUGUGUACCGCCUGGCCAGACACGGCUACAGCAGGACCGAGGUGGGCGACAGAUGGCAGCUGAAUGAGCCCAAGUUCGUAGGGUCCAUGGUGGUCCCCGAUAACGAUGACCCUGCUGAUGACAAAGUCUACUUCUUCUUCACUGAGAGAGUGUCCGCAGCAGAGGUGGGGAGCAAGGCGGUCUUCAGCAGGGUGGCGAGAGUGUGUGCCAAUGACCAGGGUGGUCAAAGGAUGCUGGUAAACAAGUGGACAUCUUUUCUUAAGGCUCGCUUGAUAUGUUCAGUGGCGGGUCCCAAUGGCAUCGACACCCAUUUUGAUGAGCUGGAGGAUGUGUUUGUGCUAACCAAAAAGGAUGAGAAGAAUCCGGAGAUCUUUGGUCUGUUCAGUACCACCAGCGCUGUGUUUAAAGGUUACGCUGUGUGUAUGUACAACAUGGAGGGUAUCCGGGCAGCGUUUAAUGGGCCCUUUGCCCACCGUGAGGACGGCGACCACCACUGGAGUUUGUAUGAUGGGAAGGUCCCAUACCCACGUCCAGGAUCUUGUGCCAGUAAGAUCAAUGGGGCUCAGUUCUCCAGCUCUAAGGAGUACCCAGAUGAGGUUCUGCGCUUCGUGCGUUCCCACCCCCUCAUGUUCCAAUCAGUGCGGCCGGUCCUUCAUCGGCCCAUUCUGCUGGACACAGAUGGAGGACGUCGACUCACUGAGCUCGCUGUGGACAGGGUGGAGGCUGAGGAUGGACAUUAUAAUGUCCUGUUCAUUGGGACAGAUGAUUCUGUUGUGCUAAAGGUGAUCACCAUCUUCAACAAAGAGGCUAACACAAUAGAAGAAGUUCUUCUAGAGGAACUGCAGGUUUUUAAGCUUCCUGUACCCAUCACGGAAAUCGUCAUUUCAACAAAAAGGCAACAGCUGUAUGUGGGCUCUGAGCUGGGUGUGACUCAGGUCCGCAUGCACCAGUGUGGGCUGUAUGGCUCUGCCUGUUCUGACUGCUGUCUAGCCAGAGACCCAUACUGCGCCUGGGACGGGCACACCUGCUCCAGAUACUACCCAGCUAGCAUUCACACCAAAAGGCGUUUCAGACGACAGGACGUCCGUCAUGGCAAUGCGGUUCAACAGUGUACAGGGCUCCAGCUGAAUGAGGCACACAGCAUCUCAGACAAAUUGGUAUAUGGUGUUGAGAAGAAUAACACUCUGUUAGAGUGUAGACCCAGAUCUCUGCAAGCUGUACUCACUUGGUACAUGCUGAAAGGAGUAGACAUGGAAGAGAUAAAAGGUGACGAGCAUAUUAUUCAGACACCGUAUGGCCUUUUGUUUCUGACAACAAAGAAGUCUGACGCCGGUGUGUACCUGUGCCAAUCGGUAGAGCAUGGCUUCGUGCAGACAGUUGCACGGAUCACCCUGGAGGUGCUGGAGGAGGAGCGGGUGGUGAGCCUGUUCCAGCGUAGGGAGUACAGUGAGGGCGAGGCCCAGCUCCGAGCUCACCCAUGCCCAUUUGCCAGCUUGCCCUUGGCCCCUUCCACCAAGCUCUGGUACAAGGACUUCAUGCAGCUGAUUGGCUAUGGUAACAUCCAGCAGGUGGAGCAAUACUGUGAGAGGGUAUGGUGCAUAGCAGACCGGAAGAAGAAGAAGCUCAAAGGCCUGCCGGCCAAGUGGCGCCACCCACAGGGUGCCGAGCGCCGCGCGAGAGCUCGGGCACCCAGACACACGAAUGCCAGCAGGACACCCUGAACUGAUUCUCCAGAACAGGCCUGCACUCACACAUUCAGACAAUAUUAAUAGACAUCCUUUAACAAUGAAAUCACUUAGGGAUAGUUUUCCAGACACAAAAGCCUUUUGGUUUAUGACAAGACUUAAACUGUGUCUGGAAGUCUGGUUGUCAGUGUUUGGUGUCGAAUGUGCUGGAUAGUAGGGCAUGCAGAAGAACUGAUAUAUAUGUGUAACCUUUGUGCAUGGUUGUACAGUUAUCUUUGACAUGGGGAACAUUUCAGUCCUUAAUGCGCCAGUACUGAAUUUGCUGAUUCAGUAGCUUCUAGUAUUGCUCAGAGGGUGAGCUUGGCUGGUGUUCUGAAUAAGAGACUCAAAAUGCAGCAAAAUGACUACACUGAUUCCUUUCACACCACAAAAGAACAGAGGCACGUGGUGCUUCCAUUCACAACAUGAGCUGUUGGCUGAGGAGCCACAGAAUAACUCCUCUUUGGACAACCUGAUUUCAGGAUUUGAGAACAAUCAUGUCCUCUUGAAUAAUAUAACUCAUCACUUUCAAAAAGAGCCAACACUGUUCACAGUAACAUGCUCAGAAAAGAGAGACAUGGUUCUGUGCACAUUUGUCAAGUAUUUAGCAUUUUUUUUAUUUUAGAAUAAAUUAUUGUACUUGGUGUUUGGUAGUGGUUUAGGAGUCCUGUUAGUUUGAACUGGAAAUAUGUUACUGUUUGUGGUUAGCUUUUAUAGGUUUUUACAUCACUGGGCAUAAUGACCAUGUUCAUAGAGCCAAUGCUCUCAGCAUUAAGAAUAAAUUUAUGCAACUUGGCCAUCACAGAGCAUUUGCAAAUUUGGAAACAUGCAUCAGUUUCCCAGUUAACCACAAAAUCUGAAAUCCUAUCAUCAUCAUGCAGUAGAGUACAAUAAUCUCCAUUCUAAUAUAAAUGUAAAUGUAAUGCAUUUUAUUUUAUUUGGAGAUAGAUAGCUACCUAUGUAGAAAUCAGUUUUUAUAUAGUCUAAUAAAUGUUGCUAAUCCUUGCAUAGGAUUAUUUUUUUGUAGUUGUUUAAUGGUUUUGAUGCUCAGUAGAAGCAAUAAUGUUUAAUGUCAUAUUUUCAGAUGUUCAGUGAUAUCAAUAACCUUGUAUCAGCAGACAAAUUCUCAGUUGAAUUCUCACCUGGAUAUAAUUUCACCAACAAACCUGCAGGCGUUCCAUUAUGUCUGAUUUCAUUCGCUAGAAAUAAAGAAACUUUUACUUGAAUUCAUCCACCCUUUUCCCACAGCAGCUUCAACACAAGGCACAAGGCCAACAUAAUCCAUAAAUCCAGCUCAUUUUCAUGCGAUCUUUUCUUUAGUCAGCUCCUUUUCCUUUGUUUAAGCAAUGUGGCUAACUCUAACCUCUCUACAAAAAGGCUAGUCUGUACUUUAGGCAUGUUUUUGAAUCACACACCAAAGUGGAACGCAUAAGCUCAUGGUGUUAGUGUCCCUCUCUGCCUGAGAACCUUCUGGGACAUCAUUCAUCACAAGAGACAGUGAAUAGUGAUAUUUAAGUUUGGGGAAGUGGGAAAGGUAAUCGGUAUUCAUCUGUAAUCUGUAAACAACCUAAAAUGUGCAUUUUGGAAAAUUCAAAUAGAUCUGAUUAAUGGCUGUAUCACCCUGUAAACAAACUUACUCUAUAUAAAUUAUUGUUGCAAAGCUAGGCCCUACAUAGCAUAGGAAAAUUAAGAUAGAUGUUUAUACUGUAUAUUAUUUUCUGUUCUUCAUUGACCAAGUGUAAAAUGAAUGCUAGCAUCAUGCUGAUGCAACAUAACAUGAGAUAUUCAAGAUUUUCCCAUAAUUUAAGAAGCACACUAGUGAGCUGCACUCAGGCCAUCAAUACAGCUUUAAAUCUGAGAGCCAGCAUGCAUCGUGGAGUGCCAGCGAAUAGUUUAUGUGAUCUUGAGAGGGUUUUUCAGUGCAGCAAUUUUAAAUACUGUGUUGGAAACACACUGCUUCAACUUCAUUUGAUUUGCAGUCUUAAAUUGUUUUAAUUAAACUGGAAUAGUCACCAUUUUGCAUUCCAUUAAUAGUUCAUAUUUCAUAAGUGUAGCUAAAGUAUGAACCAGACUUAAUGAUGGUAGUGCUGAAUGGCAGACACAUCUAAGUUCUUGUGAUCCCAAAAUAUUAAAGCUAAUGUUAUUUUUAUUUUUAUUUUUUCUUCAUGAAAUAGUGUCAAGUUUAUGUCAUUUUGUAUAAUUAUUCACAGAUUACUUUAAUCUGAUUAUUUAAUCUGAUUAUAAUUAUUCACAGAUUACUUUAGCCCAUGGCUGUACUUUGAUGUGCGCAGAUUUUUUCAGGAAGUAAUAUGUGGCUUAGCAUCAACAUGGUUACCUCUUCUGCCAAUCACAUGCACUUUCAAGGACAAUCUAAGUGGCUUGCAACUGCUAACACAGACACCAUAUCAUUAUCAGUCUCAGGGAGUCACAGACAGGGAGCUUCAUCUGCUGGAUAGGAGACGCAAGGCCAUCUCACCAGACAGAGGCUAAUGUCUUAUGGUACAUGAGAGAUCAGCUCUGGUCAGCUGGAUGGGAAAGCGACCCGGUAGAAAUUGAAAGGGCAUUCGGACAAAAGAGCAGUCUAGCAGCCCUUUUGCAGUGUGAGAGAUAAGGUGCUGAUGCUUAGAGAAGGUAACAAUCUUAGAACCACCCCUAGCAGACCUCCAUUUAUUGUAAAGAAGCUAUACAUGAACCAUGGGCUUAGAUACCAUUUGUGCUUGGACACUGGUGUGGACUUAAUAAGACCUCAGCCGGUGGGCAUCCAGACUCAAAGUUUACAAAUACUUUGACAUUUUCGGUUUUUAAAAGUGUGCUCUUCAUUUCUAUUUCACAUUUGAGCUGCUAAGUGCCACAAUUCAACAACUGAUGUGUACUGUCAUGUCACGUAAUAUAAAACAUUAACUUGUGUUUUGAAAUGAAUCAACCUAGCUUACUGGAAAAAAAA